AAUGUGAAAAUAGUAGUGUUUAUUUCUUCUAGAGUAACAUUGGAUUUUCAGUUAGAAUGGAGUUUUUUGAGGUGUGAGCUGAAGUUUAUCUCAUUUACUGGACAAAGUGCGUGUCUGCUGAGGAGGAAAUCACCUUUUUUUUUUUCCUGUGUGCGGUCGGACAGAUAAAGGAACAUUUCCAUGGAGAGCGUUUCCCGGUCACCUUUGGUCAAGCAAGAAACCAGAGCAAGCAGUCCCCCAUCCACAAUGCAUGGAAGUCAAAUCAAUGUCCCUCCCAGCAUGCCUUGCUCCCCACCUAACCAGGCUCCUGUGGUCAGUCCUUCCACCCAGGAAGACCUGUGGCAUCUACCCGGACGGCUGAGAAUAAACCCCUCUCUGUGGGACAAGGAGGACGUCGCCCACUGGCUCCACUGGGCCCAGAAGGAGUACUCUCUGCGCCGGCCGGAGAAAGGACGCUUCGAGAUGAACGGUAGAGCCUUGUGCCUGCUCACCAAGGAGGAUUUCAGACGCCGCUGCCCCAGCUCAGGCGACGUUCUGUAUGAGAUCCUUCAGUGUGUGAAGCAACAGAGAAGGAGUGUCGUCUCUGAUCCCCAGGCUGCACACAUUAAGGGUCCAGUCAGCAGCCAGAUGCCCACACAUGCUGUCCAAGAGCCACAUGCACCCACAGCUAAUGACACAGCAGCUUCCCCUGAUUUCGCCACUGCAGCUGUCGUAGCCACGGUGAGCAGCCAGCCGGAACUUUUGUCGCCAUUCAGAAUCCGCCCCAUCUUUUUCACUUUCCCUGCUCCAGACAUGCACAAUAAUGGAUCAGUCUCUACGUUGCCCCACAACCGAGUUCAAUCUCCUCCCCAAACAGAGAGCGUCAUCCAGGAGCCUCUCAACCUGUCCAAUCGAGACAAACCGAGGAGUCCUCUGCACAAAGCCAACGGCCGCAUCCCAGAGUGCCGACUCCUGUGGGACUACGUGUAUCAGUUGCUGUGUGAUGACCGUUACCAAGAAUACAUCCGAUGGGAAGACCCGGAGAGCCUGGUGUUCAGGGUGGUGGACCCAAAUGGACUGGCACGUCUCUGGGGGAACCACAAGAACCGAGACAACAUGACCUAUGAGAAGAUGUCCCGAGCUUUGCGCCACUACUACAAGCUCAACAUCAUCAAAAAAGAGAGAGGGCAAAAGUUGCUCUUCAGGUUUCUGAAACUCCCACAGGACAUCAAGAAGCAGCAGGUUGAGGCAGGCUUGUCCCCAGAGCACACUCCACCUCAGGAUGGGGACUUUCCAGACAGCAGUCCUGUACGUGAAUUCAAUGAGGACCACUUUGAGGUUUCCCCUGAUCGGACGUCCCCCCAGACUCCUCUGACAGGGGAUCCAGUAAGAUAGGAAAGGAGUUAUGGAGGAAAUAACUUAAGUACAACGCAAAUAAUGACAGAAUAAAUAGGAGAUUGUGGUGUAUUUAUACUGCUUCCAAAAAUAACCUCCGCACGUACAGAUUGAACAAAAUGGACUGGAAGACAUAUUGAUGGAAACAUUUUGAAAGGCGAGAUCGCUUUUUAUUUUGCUGUGAAUCAAUGUGUGUACAUAUAACUGUCAAUUGUCAACUGUCAUCCCUGGAUGAACACUAACAUGAUGGGGCAAGGGAAACUGUGAAAGACAUCACAUACAUAUUCAACCAGCCAAAUAAUUAUCAUCCGAACGUAUUUUCUUCAGGCUUGCUUAUCAUAAUUGCAAUACAGGGUUUGUCUUCUUAAAUUAUACAAGUCGUCAGGUACAGUAGAAAUGACUGCUUAUUUGUUCCGGUUUCAGUGCAGAUUGUUGAUAGAGAGGACAAAGCAGGAGGGAUUGUUUGUGUUACUAUAAAAAUGUGCUGCAGAUUGAUUGGGAUUUUUUUUGUACAAGCAGUACAAUUAAUUAGCAUUAUCACCCUGAGAAAGUGGUACUUGUGUUUUGUGAAUUUUUCACCUGCUUUGUAAAAUAAACGUUGUAUUUGGCAUAGGAA